AUGAACAAGAUCAAAGAACUUCGUAGAGUGGAUGUGGAACUAGAGGCUGUUCAAUUUGUUGAGCCAAGUAGUAGAAUGGAUAAGAGUUGGAUUCAUCAUCCUAAUAGAUUGUCAAUUGAAUAUGCCAACGGUGUGCGCACAUUUAUUGAAAUUGCUCGAAAUCAUGUUGAUAGUGAUGGGAACACACAUUGUCCGUGUCGUAAGUGUCUUAAUGCCUUCUUUAAGUCAAUCAGUGUUGUUAAGAAACAUCUUUUUAUGAAUGAAUUUUCAAGGACAUAUGAAAAUUGGAUUUUUCAUGAAGAUAGUCUAUUUGAAGGGUCAACCAAUCUGAUGCAUUCUACUGACAUAGACCAACCAACUUCUAAUGGUGUAGACAUUAAUGAUGAUAUGUUAAAUGUGUUAAGUGACGUUUGUCGCCCUGCUACCUCCAUUAGUUUCAACCACGAUAACAUGAAUGUAGAAGCAGAUGCAGUUGAUGAGGAAAUAGAUCUCAACAUUUGGAGCAACAAGUCACUUGAUAUGUUGCUUACACUGUUGAAUGAGGUACUACCAAAAGGUUCAAGUUUGCCAAAAAACACCUAUGGUGUUAAGAGGAUGUUACAUGACCUGGGACUUGGAUGUGAAAAGAUUCAUGCGUGCAAAUAUGAUUGUGCAUUGUUUUGGAAAGAAAAUGAGAAAUUGGAAAAUUGUCAUGUAUGUGAUGAAUCUCGUUAUAAGAUGAAUAAUGGCAUUGGGAAAAAGAUACCACAUAAAGUACUUAGAUACUUUCCAUUGAAGCUGAGAUUGCAGAGAUUAUUUAUGUCGAGGCAUACAUCGGUUGAUAUGUGGUGGCAUACUGAGAAGCGAGUUAAUGAUGGUAUGCUUCGACAUCCAGCUGAUGGGAAGGAGUGGAAAAAGGUUGAUAGGUUAUAUCCAUCAUUUGCUAGUGAUGCACGAAAUGUUCGAUUGGGACUUGCUUAA